AUGUCUCCUCCCUCGUCGCCGUCCCCGUCCUCGAGGACGCCUACCCCCACCCGCAUGACCUCCCCGUUUCACUACGCAGCCAACCCUCUGCCGCUGCUCCAGCGGAUUGGGCCACCGGCGGUGCCGGACUUGUACGCAGGAGACGCAGACGUAAUCGAAGAGGAGUACUAUAGCGACUCGGAGGACUACGACGAGGGACCAGUCCCGCUCGAAGGACGCUCUGCGUCCCUAGAGCCCAAAGAAGAGGACGACCUCGAGACCGAGGACGAGGACGCGGCGCACGCCCCCUUCUUUCCCCGGUCCAUGACCUCGCCCGCCCCCGAAUGCCCGCGCGCCCACAUGCCACCGCCCGCGACCGCGCUCGAACCCCCACCCCCUCCCGCCGCCCCCACGGCUGUUCGCGAAGGCGAAGCCGUCGCAGCCGUAAACGCUUCCGUGCAAGUCAUAGCUACCGUGACCGCCCCCGGUCACAUCGUGAUCGCUGGGACUCCCCAAGUCACACGGCCUCGUCGCCGAGAGGAAGAUUCCGACAGCGACCCCGACUCCGACCAGACCAUGACCCCCGGUUCGAGCUCUCGUAAGAAGCCGAUAUGCCACUCCUGCGGCGAGCCCAUGGCUGGCCACAAGCGGCCGAAUGGCAACCCCAUCUGCCCGCGCGACUCUGCAUCUCCGUCGCCCCCGCGCAGCCGCACGUUACAGACGACCACCCCGCCCCGCGCUCCUGGAGGGCCAACGUUGCUUUCGCGCAUCAGCCCCGAGAGUGUGAGGUUUAGCCCCAUGGAGGACGACGGCUACUGGCGCCGCCAGAACCCGAACUGGGUCGAGCCUGCGCACUACGCGCGCAUGUCCUCUGUACAAGCUCCUCAGCGCAGCGACACCGACGCGUCGUGGCACUCCACCGAGCUCGAUGAGGUUGCUGCCGCCUCCCCGCCACAAGGGGUGCGCCUCUCCCACGACUCCGUGGAGGAGGUGGAGAGGGAGGACGUCGACGACAGCGACUCAGACUACGCCAACACGCCUUCCCAAACCUCCUCUUUUACGGCCGUCACCCGACAAAUUUCCAAGCUGUUCGGUCGCAGCACGCCACUCGCGUCUGUGUUCAGCGCGCCCAGCGAGGAGGUCAUGGCCAUCGAAAACGUCGCGCACGAACACGGACUCUCCACCGCCGUCGUCCACCGCCCGCGUGCUAUAGUGAAGGCAGAACCCACAAGCCCCGGCGCGGCCGUCGCGGGCCGCUCGCGCUCGACUCUCGCCCGCGAGUCCUCUUGGUGGGUCUUUGUGGGGCGCGAUCGCAGCGCGGUCGAUGCGCUCGCGGGCUCGCAGGCGCGGACGGCACUCGCGGCGGCCGCAACGAAGCCAGAACGCGAGCCAUAUGAUUACGACAUGGGGCUUCUGAAGGAGCAGAACGAAGGCGUGGGCGCGUACCCGGUCGACCCGCGCACGAUACGCCAGAACUUCUGCGAUGUGAUCAUUGCGGCGGUAGUGAGCGCGUUCUGCGCCGUGUGGUUGCUGUCCUUGAUGUGACUUGUUCGUGUCGUGCGUGGGUUUAGGGCGAGUGUGGGCGGAGGGGGAUCUGCUAGCUGUCGGGUCGCUGUCGCAUUGCUUUCGGACACCGUGAUUGUGGUACCGCUAUUGAAGUAUGAUCAUCUAUGCAACAAUGCAUGUACACCCAUGUAUUCCUACUCGAGUUUUCCGACUUGCAAGUCACAUAUGCGUUGUUCUUCCGUCGCUCCGCCUUCUCGCUCGCUCUUUGAACUUUCAUGUCGCUUGUCGGCAUCGCACGAACAUUUCGUGCCGUCGUCGAUCGUAGUUCUGCUCGCAGAUAUCUCCGACCAAGGUUUAAUAUGUGAUAG